AUGGAGAGUGGUGGUGAAGCGAUGGACGAUCAUUGUCCUAGAUGGGUGCCAGUAAAAAAGAAGCAUAGAAGUGGCUCAAAGUUUUCGGUUCAGAGUUGGGCUGGAGGAUUUUCAGGAAAGAAUGGCUCUUGUUAUCAGCUUCCUAUAUCUUCUGUGGGUGAAAAAUUUUCAAAUUUGGCAGGGAAAGAUAGAUAUGAGCUUUCAAAAGGUGCAAAGAAUUAUGCAUAUACAGAUGACAAUGUUAUAGCCAAUUUUGAGAAACCAUCUAAUUUGGAAAAAACCAAAGAAAAUGGAAGUCCCCCUAAGCUUGUAGAAUCACAUGUUUUCCAGAACAGUGUUGUGGCCGAGGAUAAUUUGGAAGUUCAACAAAAGGAUGGGACUGAAACCGUUCCCAAGAUCAGGUCUGGUGAUAUUGAUGAUGGUCACAUUUUGGUAUUGUAUCCUGAAGGUAUGCAUGAAGGAAAUGUAAAAUCUUCGGACAAGGAGAAUAGCAGCUUGGUGACUUUGAACGACGAAUCUGGCAAUCGGCUAAUUUCACCUAGUUUCUCUUGUACAGAUUUCCAAGAAACUAAAUCUGGUUUCACAGCUGUAGUCACAAAUGUUUGUCCUCGGUCGUUGAUCCCAUUGGAAAAUAAGGAGGUGAAGAAUGCGGAAAAUAAUGGAAAAUUGAGUAUAAUAUCUCUAUGGGCUUCCAAUAAUGUUUCAGAAUCUAGUGAAAGGCAUGGAGAAUCAUGCGAACCAUUAGAUAAUUGUUUACACAUUGAAUCUCUAUCUUAUAAAGAGACUGGUGUUGAGGAGAACUUUCAGGUCCCUGUAUUGGUCCAUGAGGUGGAUGAUUCAGGAAUUCAAGAGUUACCAGAUAUCAGCGAAGUGUCAUCUUCUCUUAGUUCAAGUGAUUGUGUGUCCUUUUAUACUGAGAAGAGUGACAAUGGAAUCUCUGGAGAAGAUCGUAAUCAGUUUAAGCUUGAACCUUAUGAAGAAAAUGCAUCAGAGCUUUCUACAUCUCUUAUAGAAAAAUUGGAGUCGCCCUUUUUCUUGGAAGGAAAUGAGCUGGAAAAGGAGCUAGAAGUUUCCGAGUCACAAGUAAAACUACAUGAAUCAGACAUGUUGCCUCUCAAAUUUAAAGAAGAUGAAUCUAGGAUUGAUGAGUCGCUAAUUACAGAUGAAAAAUUAGUAACAGUGGUUGAUCCACAAUUGCUUCUCAUUUCAAAAGGAAAUGAGUUGAGAGUUCUCCCGUCACCGGAUACCGCUGAAAAAUUAAGUGUGCUAGUUGAGCCUCAGCUAUCUGAAAACUAUGAGUUGAGAGCUGAGUCACCUAUUGUAGUUAAAAAAGCAGAAGUUAUGGUUGAGUCUCCAUUUCCUCUUACCUCCAAAGAAGCAGACUUCAUAAUUCCUGAAUUAUCUACUACACUUGAAAAAUCAGGAACGGAGAUUGAACCUUCAUCACCUCUAGUUCAUGAAGAAAAUGAGUUGAGAGUUUCAAAAUCACCUGUUACAAUUGGGAAAGUAGAUCUUGUUGAAUCUCAUUUCCCGUUUAUCUCUAGCAAAAGUUAUUUGAGAGUUGCUGAGUCUCCUAUUGCCAUUGAAAAGACAGAUUUUGUGGCGAAAUCUGAAAUACCUCUUAUCUCUAAAGAUAAAGAGUUUAGAUUUUCUGAGUCAUCUAUUACCAUUGAUAAAUGUAGAACUAUGGUUGAACCUUCAAUGCCUCUAAACUUCAAAGAAAAUAGUGUUUCUGAAGUUAAUGAGUCAAGAAUUUCUGUUCCACAAGUUAUGGUGGCUGACCCAGAGUUGCUUCUCAUGUAUAAAGGAAAUGAGCUGAGAGCUCUCCAAUUGCCAAGUACUAUUGAAAAAUUAGGCGUGGUAGUUGAGCCUCAAGUGCCCCAAGAAUAUGAGUCAAGAGAUGAGUCACCUGUUGUUAAAAUAUCUAAAAAUAUGGUUGAGUCUCCAUUGCAUCAUACCUCCAAAGAAGCAAACUUCAGAGUUACUGAAUUGACUGCUAACCUUGAAAAAUCAAGAAAAGAGAUUGAACCUUCAUCACCUCUAGUCCAUGAAGAAAUCGAGUCGAGAGUUCCUGAACCACUUGUUACAAUUGAGAAAGCAAAUUUGGCUGUUGAAUCUCAGGUUCUUUUUGUCUCCGGAGAAAACGAUUUGAGAGUUGUUGGGUCCCCUGUUGGCAUUGGACAAGUAGAUAUUGUGGCUGAAUCGGAACUACCUCUUAUUUCCAAAGAAAAAGAGUUCAAAGUUUCUGAGUCACUUGUUACAAUUGAGAGAUUGGGAACUAUGGUUGAACCUUCUUUUCUUCCAAGCUUAAAAGAAGACGAGUCACGAGUUACUGAAGUUAAUGAGCCUAAAAAUUCUGUUUCACCAGUUACGGUGGUUGAUCCACAAUAUCUUCUCAUGUCUCAAGGAAAUGAGUUGAGCGUUCUCCAAUUUCAAGGUAUUGUUGAAAAAUUAGACGUGGUAGUUAAGCCUCAGGUGCCCCAAGAAUAUGAGUCGAGAGUCGAGUCACGUGUUGUUCAAAAAUCAGAAAAUAUGGUUGAGUCUCUGUUGCCUCUUACCUCCAAAGAAGUAGACUAUAGAGUUACUGAAGUGUCUGAUACACUAGAAAACUCAAGAACAGAGAUUGAAACUUCAUCACCUCUAGUUCCUGAAGAAACUGAGUUGAGAGUUCCUGAAUCACCUAUUACAAUUGAGAAAGCAAAUUUUGCUGUUGAAUCUCAGUUCCCUUUUGUCUCUAGAGAAAAUGAUUUGAGAGUUGCUGAGUCUCCUGUUGACAUUGGAAAGGGUGAUAUUGUGGCUGAAUUUGAACUACCUCUUACCUCUGAAGAAAAAGAGUUCAUAGUUUCUGAGCCUCCUGUCAUUAUAGAGAGAUCGGGAACUAUGGUUGAACUUUCUUUGCCUGUAAGCUUCAAAGAAAACGAGUCAAGUGUUUACGAAGUUAAUGGUUCCAGAAAUUAUGUUUCACCAUUUACGGCGGUUGAUGCACAAUAUCUUAUCAUGCAUAAAGGAAAUGAGUUGAGAGAUCUGCGGUUUCCAGGUAGUGUUGAAAAAUUAGGCAUGGUAGUUGAGCCUCAGGUGCCUAGAGAACAUGAGUUGAAAGCUGAGUCACUUGUUGCAGUUAAGAAAGAACAAAUUAUGGUUGAGCCUACAUUGUCUCUUACCGCUGAAGAAGCAGAUUUCAAAUUUUCUGAAUUGUCUGCUACACUUGAAAAGUUGGGAAUAGAUAUUGAACCUCCAUCACCUCUAGUCCUCGAAGCAGUUGAGUCGAGAGUUCGUGAAUCGCCUGUUACAAUGGAGAAUACAAAUAUGGUUGUUAAAUCUCAUUUUCCUUCCGUAUCCAGAGGAAAUGAUUUGAGAGUUUUUGAGUCCCCAGUUCCCAUUGGAAAGGCUGAUAUUAUGACGGAAUCCAAGUUACAUCUUAUCUCCCAAGAAAAAGAGUUCAGAGUUUACGAGUCACCUGUUAAAGUUGAGAAAUUAGGAACUGUGGUUGAAUCUUCUUUGUCUGUAAGCCUCAAAGAAAACAAGUCAAUAGUUUCUGAAGUUAAUGAGUCCAGAAUUUAUGUCUCACCAGGAAUGAUGGUCGACUCACAUUCUCUUCUCAUGUCUAAAGGAAAUGAAUCAAGAGUUCUCCAGUCGUCAUGUACUGUUGAAAAAUUAGACGUGGUAAUUGAUCCUUAUGUUCCCGAAGAAUAUGAGUUGAGAGCUAAGCCACUUACCGAAAUUAAAAAAGCAGAAAUUAUGGUUGAGACUCCAUUGUCUCUUACAUCCAAAGAAGGAGACUUUAGAGUUGUUGAAUUGUCUGCUACAAUUGAAAAGUCAAGAACAGAGAUUGAACCGCCAUCACCACUAGUCCCCAAAGAAAAUGAGUCGAGAUUUCUUGAAUCACCUUUUACAGUUGAGAAAGCAAAUCUGGAUUUUGAUUCUCAUAAUUCGUUAGUCUCCAAAGAAAACGAUUUGAGAAUUGUUGAGUCCCCGGUUUCCAUUAGAAAGGAAAAUAUUAUUGAUGCAUCUGAGUUACCUCUCAUCUCUGAAGAAAAAGAGUUCAGAGUUUCUAAGCCACCUGUUACAAUUUUGAAAUCAGAAACUAUGGUUGAACCUUCAUUUCCUCUAAGCUUGGAAGAAAAUGAGUCAAGAGUUUUUAAUGAACCUAUAACAACCGAGAGAGCAGACAUGAUGGUUAAAUCUGGGUCGCCUCUUCCGUCCAAUGAAAAUGUUUUAGAAGAUCCCAUGUCAUCAGUUACAACUGAAAAAUCAGACCUUAUGGUUGAACCUCAGUUGCCUAUUUUCUCCAAGGAAAACUGUUCAAGAGCUUCAGAUUUUCCGUUUAGAGUUGAGAAAUUGGACACACUAGUUGGAUCUCAGUUGCCUCUUAUCUCUGAAGAGCAAAAAUCUAGAGCUUCUGAGUCUCCGGUUAUAAUUCAUAAAUCAUACAUUGUGAUUGAAUCUCAGUUGCCUCACACCUCCAAAGAAAAUGAGUUGAAAUUUUACAAAUCUCCUAUUACAAUGGAAAAACUAGAUAUGUUUGCUGAAUCUCACGUACCUUUGAUCUCCAAAGACAAUAAUUCAAGAGCUCUGGAGCCACUACGUACGGUUGAAUUAUCAGACAUUGUUUCAGGAUCUCAGUUUCCACUUAUGUGUGAGGAAAAUAAGUUGAGUGUUUCAAAGUCACAGGUUUCGUUUGCUAAAUCCGACGUAUUGUUUGAAUCUCAUAUUCCUCCAAUCUCUAAAAAGAAUGAGUUUAGAACGCUUAAGAGACCUGAUAUAAUUGAGAAAUCAGACAUGGUGGUUGGAUCUCAGUUGUCUUUAGUUUCCAUAGAAAAUGAGUCCAGAGUUUCCAAAUCACAUGUUACAGUUGAAAAAUUAAAUACAGAAACUGAAUCUCAGUUGCCUUGGAUCUCCAAAGAAAAAGAGUCAAGAAUGUUGGAUUCAGAAUUUUCAAUUGACAAAUCUGACAGAGUGGCUGAAACAGAGUUAUCGUUUACUUCCAAAGAAAAUGCAUCUAGAGCUUCCGACUUGCAAAUUAUUGUUACAAAUCAAGAAGGCAAAUCAAGAGUUCCUGAGGCACAAAAUUCAAGCAUGGUUGCCAAAGUCCAGACUAGCUUGUCUCUAACCUCCAAGGGAAAUGAAUCAAGAGGUGUCGUGAUGCCAUUUGGAAAACCAGAUGUGGUUGUUGAGCCUCAAGUGCCCAAUAUUUGCAAAGAAAAUGAGUCAGUAGUUUCCGAUUUCCCAUCUAGAAGUGAAAGAUCAGGCACCAUGGUUGAGCCUCGGUCACAUUGUUUGCCUCUUACCUAUGAAGGAAAUGAGUCCAUAUAUCAUGACCCACUGCUUAGAGUUGGAACAUCAAGCACAUUGGCAACUCAAACGGAAACUGCAUCAUCUAUACCCCAAAGGUGUGUGUCUGAAGUGUCUAGAGAGUACAAUACAGUAGUGAAACUUAACUUUCCUUGUACUUUAGAAGAAAAUGGGUUAAGGGAAUCUCAAGUUUCCAUUAUAAAUAAGUUUCCAAGUUCAGAAGUUCUUUCAAAAGACAGUAAUUUGCUAACUUCAGAAAAAAUUGGGCAUGCAAUUCCUUUAGUUUUAUCUCAGAAAACUUCCGUUGGUAACAUGGAGAGUUCAAUUUAUACAUCGGUAUGUGAUGACUUGCAAAAAAUCCACAAUCAGAGUGAUAAAUCGGAAGGUGAUGCAGGUGAAAGCAAAGAAAGAUUUGGGGAUAGACUUUGGGGUUUUCUGUUUGAGAAUCUUAACAAGUCCGUAGAUGAACUUUAUCUUCUUUGUGGGCUAGAGUGUGACAUAGAUCAGAUGAAAGAGGCUGUCCUUGUUCUUGAAGAGGCUGCAUAUGAUUUUAAUGAAUUAACUGCAUGGGUUCAGGAGUUUGACAAAGUGAAAAGGUCUUCUCAAUCAGUAGAUAAUGCAAUGAGUGAUUUAAGAUUUGAUCACCGUAGGCCUCAUGCUCUCUCAUGGGAGGUCAGGAGAAUGGCAACUUCCUCUCACAGAGUUGAUAUACUACCUUCAUCACUAGAGGCAUUUAAAAAAAUUCACCAAGAGAGAGCUGAUAUACUUACAGCCAAUACUUCAAAGAACCCGACGCUUGGAGGCUCUAGUCAUCAUCAUGUUGCAGCGGCUGAGCGACAAAAACCAGUGGUGGAUAGUUUAAAGGAAUCCCAUGUUGGUGAUUCCGUAAUAAGAGUAGAACAAGAAAGUAGAUGCUUGGAUGUUAAGAAGCAGAAUAGUGAUGACCAAUUGAAUGUGGAGCCAGCAAGUUGCAACAAAGUCAAUUUCAUACAGAAUGGUUAUGACCAUUUGAAAUCCUUUUCUGGUCUUGACUCACAUCAUGUAAUGCACAAGCUGGACAUUUCCGCCACUCUAGAGGCAAGAAAGACCAAAAGAGUUCAUAAGGUGGAGAAGGUAGAAGCUAAUGAUCACCCAAAGAACCACACACAUUCUUCUGAAAAUGAUAAAGACAGGAGGAACUCUAUGACAUUUAAGUCCAUGGAUGCUUGGAAAGAAAAGAGAAGAUGGGCAGAAAGAAUUCCAUCUCCAGGUACAAACAGCAGGAAAAGUGUUGAGAGAGCACGGGUUUUACCCGAUAGACUGAUCUCACCAGAAAAGAAGAAGAGAACCGCCAUUGACUGGAAGAAAGAAGCAGAAGAGAAGCAUGCAAGGGCCAGGAGGAUAAGAAAUGAGUUGGAGAAUGAACGUGUUCAGAAGCUACAACGCUCAUUGGAGAAGCUCAAUCGUGUGAAUGAAUGGCAGGCCGCACGUAGCAUAAAGCUGCAAGAGGAAAUGCAUGCUCGCCGCCAAACUGGUGAAUCUAGGCAUGAAGCUUAUCUAGCACAAGUUGCAAGGAGAGCUGGUGACGAAAGUAGUAAAGUCAAUGAAGUUCGGUUUAUCACAUCUCUAAAUGAAGAGAAAAAGAAGAUCAAGUUGCGUCAAAAGCUUCAUGAUUCGGAGGUGAGGAGAGCUGAGAAGGUUCAGGUAAGGAAAUCUAAACAAAAAGAGGGCAUGGCUCGAGAGGAAGCUGUUUUAGAACGGAGAAAGCUUAUUGAAGCUGAGAAAGUACAGCGUCUCGCUGACACGCAAAGGAGAAAGGAAGAAGCUCGGGUUAGAAGGGAAGAGGAGCGAAAAGCGUUGAGUGCAGUACGUGAAGCGAGAAUAAUGGAGCAACUCAGAAAGCGAGAAGAAAGAGUAAAAGCACAACAAGAGGAAACUGAAAUGUUGGCGCGGAAAUUAGCUGAGAGAUUGAGAGAAAGUGAGCAGCGUCGUAAGUUUCACCUAGACCAAAUACGGGAGAGGGCUUCAAUGGAUUUCAGGGAUCAAUCUUCACAGUUGCCGAGACGACCUGUGAGUAGAGAUGGCCAAGAAAGGAGUAGCUCAUCAACAAAUAGUGGUGAAGAUUUUGAAGAGCGUGAUCCCACUUUAGGCCCACGUGGUCAUGCUCUUGAUCCUGGAAUGCAACAAGAUUUGCUCAAGAGACAGAUUAAGAAGAUCCGUCAAAGGCUAAUGGCUCAGAAGUAUGAGUUUAUUGAGCCGCCGAUUGGUUGUGAAAAUUCUAGUUUUGGAUAUAGGACAGCACUAGGAACUGCAAGGGCAAAACUUGGGCGGUGGAUUCAAGAACUUCAAAGACUCCGUCAAGCAAGAAAAGAAGGGGCCUCAAGUAUAGGUCUAACUAUUGCUGAUAUGAUCAAGUUUAUUGAAGGUCGGGACCCUGAGCUGCAGGCUUCUCGACAAGCUGGUCUGCUUGAUUUUAUUGCUUCAGCUCUCCCUGCAUCUCAUACUUCAAAACCUGAAGCUUGUCGAGUCACAGUGCACCUCUUAAAACUUUUGAGGGUAGUAUUGUCCAUGCCUACAAAUAGGAGCUAUUUUCUUGCUCAAAAUCUUUUGCCUCCAAUUGUCCCCAUGCUAUUUGCAGCACUUGAGAACUACAUAAAAAUUGUUGCAUCAUCAAAUGUCCACGGUUGUGCUAUUAUAUCAUCAAACAAAGCAUCAGUUGAAAACAAAGGACCAGUCUCUGAAGUACUUGACAAUUUUUUAUGGAUUGUUGGAGCAAUCAUUAGUCAUAAUGCUGGGUCUGAUGAACGAGAAAUUCAAAUGCAAGAUGGAUUAGUUGAGUUAUUAAUUGCAUACCAAAUUAUUCAUAGACUUCGUGAUCUCUUUGCACUCUACGACAACCCUCAUGUUGAAGGAUUGCCAUUUCCUUCUUCGAUUCUUUUAGGUGUUCAUCUAUUGGUUGUUUUAACAGACAGAGCACGUAGAAGCAAUUCAAUUAAUUGGGAAUCUUCUCCUAUUGGGAUGAUGCUAGAUAUUGGGAAUCAACAAAAAAAUUUUGAAAUGACUUCUAACUUCAGGAAUAAUUCCUCAAAUGAGAUCUCAGGAUGUGACAACACUCCACUAUCCAGACUACAAGCAACUAUAGUUGUACCUCCAGAUCCACCAGUGCAAAGAUCAUCUGAUGUUGUUAAGAAUGAUGAUCCUGAAUCAGUUUCUAAAUAUGGCGCAACGAGCCAAACUCACAGUUUAUUUGACUUGAAUGGUGUCACUGUGAAGCUAACAAACAUUACACGUGAAACUCAUAUUAACCAGGAAAUGGUUGUGAAACAAUUGGACAUCAUUGAUGAAGAACAGAAGAAUAACAACUUAGUUAGCAUGAAUCAGGCUACAACUGAUCUUCUUUCUGCAAUAUCCGAAACUGGGCUAGUCAGUCUUCCUUCUUUGUUUACAUCUGUUUUGUUACAGACUAGCAAUCGACCAUUCUCUGAACAGGGCUCCUAUGUCCUUCCAUCUAAUUUUGAAGAGGUGGCAACUGGUGUGCUCAAGGUUCUAAAUAAUUUGGCUCUUGUGGAUAUUUCUUUCAUACAGAGAAUGCUAGCAAUGCCCGACCUGAAAAUGGAAUUUUUCCAUUUGAUGAGCUUCCUUCUAUCUCAUUGUACCAGCAAAUGGAGAGGAGCUACAGACCAGAUCGGUUUGCUGCUUCUGGAAUCUUUAUUGCUUAUAGGUUAUUUUGCCUUGUUUCAUCCGGAAAAUCAAGCCGUCCUUCGCUGGGGUAAAAGUCCAACUAUACUUCAUAAGGUAUGUGAUCUGCCAUUUGCAUUCUUCAGUGACCCUGAGUUGAUGCCGGUUUUAGCUGGUACACUGGUUGCUGCCUGCUAUGGGUGUGAGCAGAACAAGAGCUUGGUGCAACAAGAAAUGUGUGUCGAUAUGCUACUUUCCUUGAUCAGGUCGUGCAGCGGCAAACCCAAUGCAACGACUGACAACCACCCACCGGCCGAGGAUUGUAGCGAAAGUAGUAAUCAUGAGUUCAAAAGUUCACCAGGGGGGUAUGAUAACCCACUAAAAUGUAGUCAUAACCAUGUUGUUAGACCGAGACCGAGCAGGUAUUCUCUAGGGGGGAGAAGUAGUGUUGUUUCUGCAAGCAGCAUUAGGACCGGGAAGCUGAGGAGAGCAGGAAAGACCGGUGAAGAAAUGGGGUUGAAGCCGCAAAGUUUAGGAGCUCCUCCUGAAGCCUCCACAAUGUUGCAUUGCAGAUUCUCGACUGGCUUCAUUAAUAAGGCAGAGGACUUCUUUACUUCAGUGGAUGAAAAUGUUUGA